AUGAGGAACCCAUCGUCGUCGUCGUCUUCAGCAGCAGCCGCAAAAGGAGGGUCUGGGUCUACCACGACCCCCUGCUGCAGUAAGGUGGGGCUGAAGAGAGGGCCGUGGACGCCGGAGGAGGACGAGCUUCUCUCCAAUUACAUCAACAAGGAAGGGGAGGGACGCUGGCGGACCCUCCCCAAGCGUGCCGGCCUUCUCCGCUGCGGCAAGAGCUGCCGCCUCCGCUGGAUGAACUAUCUUCGUCCCAACGUCAAGCGUGGCCAGAUCGCUCCCGACGAAGAGGAUCUCAUUCUUCGUCUCCAUCGCCUCCUCGGCAACCGGUGGUCUCUGAUAGCUGGGAGAAUUCCGGGACGUACAGACAAUGAGAUAAAGAAUUACUGGAAUACUCACCUCAGUAAAAAGUUGAUCAGCCAAGGCAUAGAUCCAAGAACCCAUAAGCCUCUAAACCACGACUCCUCCCCCGUUAUCAAUGCCAAAGCAACUUCAUCAAAAAUCAAACUCCUCCCGAACCCUAAUCCUAAUCCCACUUCUCCGGUUGUUACAGAUCAUGACACUCCCAACAGUGACAGUGGAACCCCCAUCAAGGAAAAUGGAUACUUCCAGAGUGCUAAUUUGGAUCAGUAUCAAGCCUCUGGGUCGAGAACGGUAGCUGUUGGCUAUACUAAUAAUUUGCCAAACUCAGAUGGUUCGGUGAUGGGCUUGAAAAGCAACAAUGGAUUCAGCACCGAAGAAGAAGAUGACAUAAAUUACUGCUCGGAUGACGUAUUCUCUUCAUUCCUGAACUCUUUGAUCAAUGAAGAUGGAUUCGCCGCCCAACACCAAUUGCAACAACAGGCUGCUACGGGCAUUGCACCAGUGUCUGACCCUUUGCUUUCGAUCAAUGUAUCGAGUUUUGGACUUGGUGCUGGCUGGGAGUCUGCAAUCAUGUCUUCCAGUUUCAACCAAAAUGACCCCAAGAGGGUUAACGAUCAGAUUUAGCAGACUUUCCAUGCCACCUGUUUGAAUCGGGCAUGGAAUUAAGUGCAGUACUUGGUAAUUAGUUAAUGAGAAUUUCUAGCAAGAUAAUACAAACGGUGCGCACCGUUUGUAUUAUCAAUUAUGAUUUUAUGUAUGUUGUCUAUUUUUGUUGAUCCACUCGUUAUUCUCGGCGGGCCGUCUUGUGUUGUAUUUGUGGUGAUAUGUAUUAUUUAUAUCAUAGACAAGUUAAGCAUAAAUAUUGAACAGUACGUUGUAAUAUUCUAUGGUUUGCAUCGUAUAUAAUGGCUUUUCAGUGUGA